AAAGGUAUCAGGCGUGCGCCAGGAACAGCAACAGGAGUAACCAGGGGGUUCAUUUGUCUUAGCGCUGGACAGGUACAAGGCCCCUGGAACUCCCAUACAAUGCAUUGCCACCGCGCGUCCGUCUUCGAGCGACCAAUAGCGGACGCCGUUCGCGUACUGCACCUCGAGAACGAGUUCCGUCGGCUGGCGCCGGCCGCGCGCUUUCGGGUGGGCGGGCAAGUGCGCCCGCAGCUCUGGGACGCCAUGAUGCGCGGCCUCAAGCACUCCGAGAUGUCCACUGAUGCGGCCAGCUACGCGCGUCUACUCCCUCCCCAGCUGGGUCCUCAGCAGCCGGAGGAAGAGCACGAUAAUGACAACGACGACUCGUGCGCGGUGGUCGUGAAACGGUCCAAGACCAACAGCGAACGCGGUCGCGCCUUCCGUGCGCGUCGCAAGAAAUACGAGGACGACCUGCUGGCCAUCGUGAACUCUCUGCGUCAGGAGGUCGAGGACCUCGGAUUCCUACGCGGCGUACGCGCCGACAAAGUGCUGUACACUCGCAACAGCAUGGGCGGAUCGCUUGUGCGUCUGACACGAGCGUAUUUCUCGAUGUUCGAGUACGGUAUGCCGUCAGUUCGAGGCGUCGGUCAGAAGCGACCUGCGAUGCUCACCGACGUGUCUAUUGACAGCUCCGAUGAGUCAUUAGAGGCGAAACAGAAGGCGUUCUUGGACAGCGCCAUGGAUUUGGAAGUUCAGUUCGGUGAAGCCAGCGGCCCAAAGUCGCUACUGGACCAGUGGAAGCGAUACACGAGCUACCACUCGAGUAUAAGCGUCGUGGUCGUCGGGGUUGAAGUGUCCGGGGAAGAAGAUAGCCCUAUGGUGACGGUGCGCUCCGAUCUGCACGUCGUCUUCUCACAAGACACUUUCGAUAACGUUUUCCCACAUGCUGCCGAUAAUGAGGAGCUGGUCAACAAGUUCAUCGGCCGCGAGGUCGUUUACCAUGGCGUGAACCGCUUCCAGUUCUCGCCACAAGGCCAGAUCCUCAUCUACGACUCGGAUGUGGGAUUUGUGGACGCGCUGGUCCAAGCUGGAGCCAGCGUCUCGGACAUUGCGCUACUGAUGCAACAAGCGCGGAUAGCGGACGAGUGCAGACUCGGAGACGAGGGAAAAGAUAACAACAGGGUACAAGAACUCGAUCAGGAGAACCAAGACCUGGUCGAGUACUACAGCGGCGCUGGCACAAGUGCGUGUGUGACGGACGCUGACAGUGAUGCUGAUGCCUUCACAUCGGAAAACAAUGAAAAUGACGGACCAAAUGAUGGGAAAUCGAGACCACCGCAGUCCAGUCGUCAUGCCAUCGACUUCCUCCUGUCGUAGUAUACUAUAGUAAAUUCUGUAUUCAUAUGAACCUGAACUCUUGCAGCAUUUUAAUACACAGCAUUGCCUUUGUUGCAGCGUGAGCUCAUGCUUCAUCUAAAUUUAUAAAAAAAAAAAAAUGGUUAACACUUUCAUUUUGUC